AUGGAGAGUGAAAACAAACAAGUUAUGCAGCAGGAUAAGAAGCAGAAGAAGAAGGAGCUUGAGGUCUUCGAUAUCCUAAAGGAAGCUGUUGGCUUAAUCUUUCUUAAGAACAUCAACUUCAUCAUCUUCACCUUCCUCUGUUCGCUUCCACUCUUCUGUUUCAUGGUUUACUUCGAAACCUUCCUCCAAGAAACUCUAGCUGAAACCUCAGACAUUCUCAACAUACCACCUGAUUACUCGCGAUAUUAUCAUCGUUCGUAUCCAGACGAAAUCCUUGGAAGAUUCAGUAAAAAUUAUGUCCUUAAGCUGAUUCAACUCGGAUUAAUCUACUUGGUGCCUCUCCAUGUCUUAGAUCUCUGCUCUGCAAUUGUUACUAUUGAUUUGGCAUCAAAGCUACGUUCAGGAGAGAAGCAUAUGAAUCUCAAGGACAUGUUUCAGAAAUGCAUUGACACAACCAACUUGGGAGGCACGUUUAUAACUUCCAUAUUUGUGCAGUUCUUAACUAACUGUCAUAUGCUUGGAUUACUAUUUAUAGUCACCAUCUACUUAGUUGUGUUGAGAUAUGUCAGUUUCUAUGGGCUAUUCGCAGUAAUUUGCAGUCUGGGUUUUGCAAAACUGUUAGGAAUGUAUUUAGAAUGGAGUGCUACGUGGAACAUGAGUAUUGUGAUCUCAGUAUUGGAAGGGAUUCAUGGGAUUGAUGCGUUAGUACUUUCUGGUUAUUUCAACAGAGGCUGUCAGAGGAGAGGGCUGUUUCUGAUGCUUUUUUUCUUUGCCUGGGGACAAUUUUUAAGGAUUCCAUGCCUGUACAUAGGAUGCUACAAAGAGGGGAAUGGAAUCAUAGUACAGGCAGGAUUGUUCUGUGUGGUGAAUCUGCUGAAAUGGGUGGCCUGUAUGAUCUAUUUCCAUGAGUGCAAGGAAAGGAAAGUGAAGAAGAAGGUUGAUGAGGAACUGGGCAAAGACACUGAAGCUGUUCAUGAAUGA